AUGCCCUCCUCUGAUCGCGCCACGAUUAUCAUUAAAGAUACGAAUAAGAAUUACUAUCAAAUCCUAAAUAUCCCAUUCAGCAACAAUAACUCGCCCACAGUCGUCUCGAAGCAGCAGCUCAAAAAUGCAUACCACAAGGCACUCUUGAAGUACCAUCCGGACAAAGCUGGUACAGCGACAGCGAAGGCAGCUCCAGUUUCGUCGUCUUCUUCCAGAACCAACGCCGUAUACACAGUCGACGAUAUUACAGAUGCUUACAAAGUUCUUUCAGAUCCUGUUUUGCGAGCGGAAUAUGACCGUGAAUGGAUACUAAGGAGAUCUGGCAAUGAUGACAAGGAUGCGGGGGAGGUUGCUUUCCAUACGGGCCUUGAAGUUGUCGACCUUGAGGAUAUGGGCUAUCAGGAUGAUGGUCACGAGGGUUCAUCGUCAUAUUGGUAUCGCGGUUGUCGAUGCGGGGAUGAGAAGGGCUUCAUCGUGACGGAGGAUGAGUUGGAGACGGAGGCGCAACAUGGUGAGAUUCUCGUUGGGUGUCGGGGGUGCAGUUUGUGGAUGAAGGUGUUGUUUGCUGUUGCAGGCGAAGAGGAAGAGGAAGAGGAAGAGGAAGAAGCAGAGAUUGAUUCUGCGAGCCAGUCCUUGGAAGGAAGCUGA